AUGGAUGCUGCUGCUUUUGCUGCUGCAGUUGCUGCUGCAGAUGCAGCAGCAGCAGCACAAGCCCUGCGCCGCCUGCAGGCAGCAGCAGCAGCAGCAGAAACCCUCACCGAGCUCAGCCUAGCCCUCGCCAAAACCCCACACGAUCCCGGGAUCGACCCCACACUCGAUCCCCACCCCACACUCGAUCCCACACUCGAUCCCCACCCCACACUCGAUCCCAACUCCCCACAGCUGCAGCAGCUGCUGUCUUCCUAUGGAAACAAAAUCCGGCAAACACUCACUCAACAAGCGCAAGACACAGCCGUGCUGCAGCAGCUGCUGGACUUCGGCAAAUCCGUUUCUUUGCUGCAAGAAGAUAUUUAUUUCCAGUUUUGCAAUUUGCGAAAAAGAUAUGAAAGGGCUUUGACCACGCGGAAGCUGGCGGCGCUGCCGGGCAUUCAGCAGCGCUUUGCAGAAACGGUGGAGGAGCUUCUGAAGGAGUUCACGAAACGCCAGCUGGAGGAAGAACACAAAUUCGAAGAGAAAAUUAAUUCUGAAGAAAUGGAAUUCAACAAAAGUAUUCAAGUUUUGAUUCAGCAGACGCAAAGGGCAAUGGCCGAAACCCAGCGCGAAAUAGAAAGUGUUGAACAACUAAGUUGGUCCAAAAGAGAAACAAUGCAAACGCAAAUAAUAAAAGCUUACCACUCCACUUUGUCGCAAAACAGACUCAACCAGCUCGCAUACAAGAACUGGACACUCUCGCUCCUCGAGGAAACAGAAGCCGCACUCGCCGCACACAAAACCCUCCAAGCCCGCAGAAACCAACACGUGAAGACGUACCAGCAGCGCGUGAUGAUUGAGGUGGAGGACUUCAUAAGAAAGUUGAAAGUAAAGAUUUCAAAAAAGAAAAAGAAGCGCGUUAAUCGCUGA